AUGAACAGUCUCACGAGAACCAGCGUACGCGCCCUUACACGGCCCAGAACCUUGCUGCCGGCCGCCCCUCGAAGACACUACGCAGCCGAGCUCCCAAAAAGCACGAAUCCUCAACCAAGUCGUGGUAACGGCUUCAGUCCAGUCUUCCUCGGUGUAGCGGCCGUCUUCGCAUUCGUUCCCGCCUACUAUUUCCUUCACAGCGACAAAUCGGCCCGCAGCGGACGAGCAGCUAUUGAGGAGCAUCGGGCGCAGGACAACUACGAUGCAACGAAGGAGUUCAGAGAUCCGAGAGAUUCGGGUGUGAAGACGAUAGAGCAGAAGAAGGCGAAGGAGGCGGGCAAGGAUAUAAAAUAA